AUUUGCUUUGCUUGCGUGCGGUUCGGAGAAAGCGAGAAAAUUGUAACGGAAAUUAUUAUUUUUUCUUAUUUCAAGUAUCUUGACACACAUAGUAUUGGCCUAUGCAAAUAUACGCAUGUGACCAAAGCGUAAGAUACCAACAGGUUAAAAAUAUUGAAAUAAUAAAUAAAAAUUUUAUAAUAUGUGAAACUGUUGUGUUUCUUGAAAACCAAUGCACCAGCUGUUUACAGAAAAUUAAAAAAAAAAAAAAAUUUCAUUGAUAUUGUAUAAUAAUAACUGCUACAAAAGCACACACGGCGUAUGAGUAACGUUGCUGUUUGAAAAAGUGUUUCAAAUAAAAAGGACGAUUUCGAAGAGCAUCACAUAUGUACAUAUAUACAUAUAUAUUUGAAUACAACCGGAGAACAUCAGUGUGCGCGAGGUUCGGAUUGCCAACGGCCAAGCGUUCAAUGCGAUACAUAUAAGCAUAAUUAUUGCAGUGAGGCCUAGAAAGUUUAUGUGAUUUGCGAAAAGAAAACUCACACCGCACUUUGCGUUAAUUGCGGAAAAGCGAUUUGUUUUGGCGACUGUGUGCGUGUGUGGGCAUGUACGUGUAGGUGUACGUAUGUGCUGAAAUCAGAGCCAUUUGUGUGCCGCGCACGUUGUGAUAGUCGUUCGAAACUUUAUGAAAAUUGUAUGAGCAGCAAUAACAAUAACAGCCAUCAACAGCAACAGCAGCUGGAGCGGAGCAUUCCGAAAAGAUGUCGACAGCUAAAUGGUUUUGGCGAUUGGCGUUGAGCAUUCUAGUUUUGCUAGUCACCAGCUCAGCGGCUAAUGAACCAACCGGAUAUUUUCGUGAGGUCUGCAAAUAUCGCAAGGGGAAAUUGCUAAGACCUGUAACCGAAUACCGACAACGUCUGCAUGCGUUGCGUGAACAGAUGAAAAUUCGUUCAUCGCUGCGUGGUCUCGAGAUCGAUGCAUAUAUAUUACCACCCUACGAUGAGCAUUUGAAUCAGGAAAUGACCGAAAGUGACAAACGCGUACAAUAUCUUACUGGUUUUACGGGUAUUGGAGCUUUUGCUGUCGUUACGGCGCGUUCGGCGGCGCUCUGGGUAGACAAUCGCUAUGUGCAGCAAGCUGAUGCGGAAAUCGACUGUGAAUGGGAGCUUUAUCGGAUGAACGACACUGUAACGAUAACGGCUUGGCUUUCGGCUAAAUUGUAUGCAAAUCAGCGCGUUGGCGCCGAUCCACAUCUUGUGCCACACUAUUUGUGGAUGCGUUGGGAGCGCGAGCUGGGUAAUCGGCUACUAGUGCUUAGCCGCAUAAAUAACAAUUUGCUGGACAUGAUAUGGGUGGAUCGUCCGCCAGCAUCAAAUUUCACAAUACGCGUACAAGAACUACAGUUCGCCGGCGACAAGUGGGAGGUUAAAGUGGACGAGUUGAGAAUGAAAUUGCAGAAAUUUAGUUGUAAUGCCAUCAUAGUUACAUCACUCACCGAGAUAGCCUACUUGCUGAAUAUACGUGGACUGGACUUGCCAUAUACGCCGGUGGUGAAGUCCUACCUCAUAGUGAGCCACGAUGAAAUCUUUUUCUACGUUGACCAUAGUAAGAUGACUCAGGGCAUUGAUUUUCAUUUGCGUACAGACUGCUACAACGAACGUUGUGUGAAAAUUAGGGAAUACUACAAAGUGUGGAGUGAUCUGCGCACCUAUGCGCAAAUUUGGAAACGUGUAUUGGUACCAGCUCCAUGUGUGAAUGAAGAAGGUGCGUCUGAAGCCGUCUUCGCGGCAUUGCCAAGUAAUAUAGUUUACAUAGAGGCUUCGCCCAUAAUAUUUAUGCGCGCGCAAAAAACUCCCGAAGAGCAGCGUGGUAUGCAUGAGGCGCAUGUGCGUGAUGCCGCAGCCAUAUGUGAAGCCAUGAGCAUUUUGGAAAACCGAUUUUUCAUCGAGCAAUGGACCGAGGAGAAGGUGAAAUAUGAGAUCGAUCGUUCGCGGCUCUCGCAGAAUAAUGCACGUGGUCUUUCGAAGCGCAGUGUUGUAGCUUUCGGCGAACAUUCCGCAUUACCGUACUACAUUUCUAGCAAUGUUACCGAUAUCGAAGUGACCGAUCAGAGUUUGCUGGUCAUUGAAUCGGGUGGCCAAUAUUACGAAGGUACAACCGAUGUAUCGCGUACGUUUAUUUUCGGUGAACCGACGACAGAUAUGAAACGCGCCUAUACAAAUGUGUUGGCGGGCAUGUUGGUGCUGGCAAAGCUACGGUUUCCCUCCAAUUUACGUGCAUCCGGUUUGGAUGUAUUGGUGCGACGUUUGGAGUGGGAAAAUAUGGUGGAUUAUCCACAGACGACGGGUAGCGGUAUAGGCGCCUACGGAGCGGUUAAGGAGCCCCCAAUUUCUAUAGCCUACGGCGAGGAAGGCUCUCAUCGUUUUCUGGAGGGAUAUUUCUUUUCAAGCGAGGCUGGUUUCUAUCGGCCUGGUGAGUUUGGUGUACGCCUGAAAAAUGUGCUAGAAGUAGUCGAUACAGGCAAGACGCAUCCGAAUGGCAUGAAAUUUCUGGAAUUUCGCCAAGUAACUUUGGUACCCUUCGAGCCAAAGUUAAUCGAUCCUACGCUUUUAAAUGCAAUGGAGAAACGCUAUCUCAACGAGUACAACGCGAAAGUGCGCGAAUUUGUUGGUGGCGAGUUGAAACGUCAGGGUAACAUGCAGGCCUUCCACUGGAUGAUGAAUAAGACCCGUCACAUACGCGAAUAUCUGCCGGAAGAGGAUUAUCGUGCGGCGCGUGGUUCGGGCAAUCGCACGCGUAGUUUUCUCACGGUAACAAUUCCAGCGCUGUUGUUGGGUUUAACCGUUUUUUGCAGUUUUUUGAAAUGGUUGCUUUAGUGAAAAGUUGAAAUAUUAGUCGAUUAUAAAUAUAACUACUUAACUGAAAUUUACUAGUAUUGUAGGAAAAAUAGAAAUAAAUACUAAUUAUAUGUGUCAUUAAGGCUAAACUAAUUGACUUUAGCUAAAUUAUAGUGUUUACCGAUGCACAAUUUAAAUAUUAAUCGGAAAUGAUGUGCCUAAUUCGCACUGUGUAUUAGUUUUAAGGAUGUAAAUAAUGUGUAUGUGCCUGUAAGUGCCCAAUUCAAGAUGUGAAUUCAAACUGAAUGUAUUAUUUUUUGUAAUAAAAAAACUAAUUCAAUUAAAAGCUCGAA